CAAAGACUUCCCAGGAGGAGGGCAGAGGAGGUUGUGUGGGCUAAGCUGCUCCUGGCAGAAGGAUGCUGCAGCUGAGCCUGUCCUGGCUGGGCCUGGGGCCGCUGGCAGUCUCCCCAUGGCAGCUCCUGCUACUGGUGGGGGCCUCCUGGCUCCUGGCCCGCUGCCUGGCCUGGACAUACACCUUCUAUGACAACUGCUGCCGCCUCCGAUGUUUCCCGCAGCCCCCAAAGCGGAACUGGUUUUGGGGUCACCUGGGCCUGAUUCGCACCUCAGAGGAAGGUCUCCUCUAUACACAGGGCCUGGCGAGCACCUAUGGGGAUGUGUGCUGCUGGUGGGUGGGGCCCUGGCAUGCAGUCGUUCGCAUCUUCCACCCCACUUGCAUCAAACCUGUGCUCUUUGCUCCAGCCACCAUUGCGCCCAAGGACAGUGUCUUCUACAGCUUCCUGAAGCCUUGGCUGGGGGAUGGGCUUCUGCUGAGUGCCGGUGACAAGUGGAGCAGCCAUCGUCGAAUGCUCACCCCUGCCUUCCACUUUAACAUCCUGAAGCCCUAUUUGAAGAUUUUCAAUGACAGUGUGAAUGUGAUGCACGCCAAGUGGCAACGCCUGACCUCAGAGGGCAGCGCCCGUCUGGACAUGUUUGAACACAUCAGCCUCAUGACCCUGGACAGUCUGCAGAAAUGCGUCUUCAGUUUCGACAGCAAUUGCCAGGAAAAGCCCAGUGAAUAUAUUGCCGCCAUCUUGGAGCUCAGUACCCUGGUGACAAAACGGCAUAAUCAGCUCUUCCUGCAUGUGGACUUCCUGUACCACCUCAGCCCUGAUGGACAGCGCUUCCGCCAGGCCUGCCGCCUGGUACAUGACUUCACAGAUGCCGUCAUCCAGGAGCGGCGCCGCACCCUCUCUGAUCAGGGUGUUGAUGACUUCCUCAAGGCCAAGGCUAAGAACAAGACUUUGGACUUCAUUGAUGUGCUCCUGAUGUCCAAGGAUGAAGAUGGGAAGGCAUUAUCAGACGAGGACAUUCGAGCUGAAGCCGACACCUUCAUGUUUGAGGGCCAUGACACCACGGCCAGCGGCCUCUCCUGGGUCCUGUACAACCUCGCGAAACACCCAGAAUACCAGGAGCGCUGCCGGCAGGAGGUGCAGGAGCUCCUGAGGGACCGCGAGCCUAAAGAGAUUGAAUGGGACGACCUGACCCAGUUGCCCUUCAUGACCAUGUGCAUCAAGGAGAGUCUGCGCUUGCACCCCCCGGUGACGGUCGUCUCCCGCUGCUGUACCGAGGACAUUAGGCUCCCUGAUGGCCGGGUCAUCCCCAAAGGUGUUAUCUGCCUUAUCAGCAUUUUUGGGACCCACCACAACCCACUCGUGUGGCCAGACCCUGAGGUCUAUGACCCCUUUCGCUUCGAACCAGAAAACAUCAAGAAGCGGUCACCUCUGGCUUUUAUUCCCUUCUCAGCGGGACCCAGGAACUGCAUCGGGCAGACCUUCGCCAUGACCGAGAUGAAGGUGGUCCUGGCGCUCACCCUGCUGCGCUUCCGCGUCCUGCCGGAUGCGGCGGAGCCGCGCAGGAAGCCGGAGCUGAUCCUGCGGGCGGAGGGCGGGCUUUGGCUGCGGGUGGAGCCGCUGAGCGCCGGCCCUCAGUGACCCUCGGCUGCCGGCCCUGCAACCCACCCUGACCCUACGUACCUCUGGUUGCAGCUUCUCAGGAAAAAACCCCAACAUGUGCUAUCACCUCUGUCCCAGCUUCCCUGAGAGCCAGCAGGGGGCGCUUGGGGGAUCUGGCGUUUCUGAGCCCAGACCUCCGCUGCCUCUCCAGGUGACCACAGGGCCUCACCCCGAUCUGGGUUCAGUGCCCAAGCAUGGAUUUUAUCCUGUAGGCCAGAGGGAGCUAUGGGAGGUGUUUGAGCAGGAGAGGGACAAGGGUUAAAGACAGGACUUAAGGGGCAUGGUUGAGGCUCUGAGUCACGCAGGAGAACCCAUAGAGGCAGAUUCAUUUCUCUGAGCUGCAGGUGCCUCCCCAAACAGAGGUCCCUGGCCAGCCCAGAACACAGGGGAGGAAGCCAGCAGUCCACACACCCUGGCAUCCUUUCCAGGACUCUUAAGUUCUCCUCCCCACUCGUGUCAACAUUCCCAUCGCUGUGUGUGCCCUGCCCAGUUGCUUGAUCCCUCUGGUGACUCUCUUGCCCGGCCUUCAGGAAAGCCCCUCACUUCCCUUUUCGGAGCCCCUUGAUGCUGCCCAGGCAGCCUGAGCCCCCACUGUGUCCUAGGCGCUCUCACAAGAGUGUGGGGCAAGGAGGGCUCCUCCCUGCCCAUUCACUUCCAGGUUCCUUCUUCAUUCCCCCCACAGGCCACCCUUGGCCCAUCUUGGGGUGGAGUGGGGACAGGGCCAUCCCAUAACUCCUGAAAUUCAAAGCCAGACCAUUGGAAACAAAAAUCGGCCCCAGGAGUAUGGGCUUUUGAGUCAGGCUGCUUGGGUUUCAGUUUCAGUGCCUUAGGCAAGUCAGUUCCCUUCUCUGUGCCCUGGUUACCUCAACUAUGCAAUAGAGACAACAGCAGUAUGCAGCUCAGGGUUGUCUCAAGGACUUGUGAAUGCUCAAUAAAUGUUGCCAUUAUUGGUUUUUCUCUCAGAA